CAUUCAUAAGUGCAGUACCUACUGUGUGAUUAGAUGCGCUACAAAUUUAUAAUACGUGAAAGUGCUCAAAUGAAAAGUUUAAGAUGGAAGACAGUGCUAUUAAUCAAAGGGAAUCAGAUGAUUUAGGUGGUGACAUAUUUCAAGAGUUUCAAAAAGAAUAUAAUGUUGUUAUCCCUUUAUACCUCAAAAAUUUGCUAAAGUUUUGCGGUUUUGAUAACCAAGCGACUUUGUCACAAUGGUCAGAAGACAAAGCAAAGGAAGUUGUGAAAGUUGCAGUAGACUUCAUACCAAGUGUAUUUCCUACAUCGAAAGAUGCGUAUUUGGGACCAUUCAGUAACAGUAAAGUGUUUGAUAUUUUACCGGGCCAGAAGUUACUUCUAGAAAAAUUAAAAUUAUUUGCUGAGUAAGUGUAAAUCCCAAGGUGAAUUCCAUUUCAUCAUUUUAUAUUGUGCAAAUAUGUGAGUAUUUUAACUAUAUAUUACCCAAAACGGCACAGUAAGAUUAUUGAUGACUGAUUAACUUCUGUCAAUUAAGAUAUUCUCAUAAAUGCAGUUACUUUUAUCAUGAUUAAUGAUCUGUCUUAUUUGUUUAAGGCGGAAAGAAAAAGCACAAGCUGAAAGUCAUAAACGAAAAAUACAAAACCGCGAUAAUAGAGAAAAAAAACGACCCAAGAAUAAUUUACACGAAAAUGAACAAAAUUCCGACAAAAUACAAAAAUCGAGUCAAAAUUUCCCUGACGAUAUGUGUACAAAUCGAGGUACAAAUGUAAUAGGAACAGGGGCAGAGAAAGAUAACAUUAUAGCAACUAUAAAGAAGUGGAUUUUAGGUCAACUCGUAACUUAUAACGUUGCUUGUAAGGAAAACGCUGAUAUACAAACCAAAUUGCUAACACUGGAUUUAACAUUUUCUAAUGAUUUUGAAAAAAUUCCAAGUAUAUUAUGCUUUUGUUCUAAAACCAUUAAAUUACAUAGAACAAAAUCAAAUUGUGUGGCAAUAUACUCAAAUUAUUAUAAACAUUUUAAAACUCACUUGAAGGCGAGCUUGAAGGGAAGUGAAAAAAAUAUAACUUCAGACUUUGCACACCGUACAAAACAACCUUUGAUAAAUAGCUUUUUAGCAAACUCACACCUACAAAAUAAUUCCCAAAAUCCAGAUCAAAAUAGUGGUUGUUUUAUAAUUUCAACGCCGCCAAAAAGAAACACACCAUCCUCAAUUUCACCAUCAAUGUCUUCGGGUGGAAUAAUUAUUUUACAGGAUAUUGAAAUUCCACGACAAACAUGUUUUAAUGACACAGUAACUUUACCAUCCAAUUUAGCCUCGAGUUUACCAUUCCAUACGGACAACGAAAACAACCAAAAUCUGGACGUAGGCUCUCUGCCAAAUUUUGGGAAUUGCAGGAACGUUAAUGAGGUUCAAACUUCCUGCAAAGUUUUAGUUGAACCUCCUAAAAGUAAAUGGAAAGACAUAAAAUAUUCCAGAAAUUAUCGGAAAAAACGACUAAGAAACCGACUAAGUAAAUCUGAUAAAUGUCAAAGAAAUAUACUUCACAGUUUUCGUAUUGAUCGCACGAUUGAACAAGUGGAAAAGAAAAUGAUGUACGUUAUGUCAGAAAACACUAAGUUAAAAGAUUUAUUAAAAAACGCAGUACUACAAUCCACAGGUGGAAUAUUAAACCCUGCAACUAAAGGAGAAAUGAAAGCGUUAUUAAAUGCAAUUUCCUUAAGCUUAAAAAACAAUAGUCUAAAAAAAUACAAAAAUACUUUUCGAUAUGACACACAAUUAAAAAAGUUUUCUUCCUUUUUAUUCAUUGUAGGGGGAAGACUGCUUUAUGAGACCAUAAGUGCUAAUAUGCCAAAAGCGUUACCGUCUUUACGUACGAUACAACGCUUUACUCAAGAUCAAUGUACUAUAAAGGAAGGCGAACUUCAAUUUGCACAGUUAAAAGAAUUUCUACAUUCAAGAAAUUUGCCAUUGAAAGUGUGGGUUAGUGAAGACCAAACCUCAAUAGUACCCAAAAUUAAAUUUAAUUCAAGAUUGAACCAAAUUGUUGGCUUUGCCCCCCCUCUUGACCAAAAUGGUAUGCCGCUAGUAGACCAUUUUCCUUUCAACACAUUACAUGAUGUGUAUGAAUACGAAAAUAAAUAUGACCGAUCCAGUUAUAUCAACGUAAUAGUAGCACAACCACUUGUUAAUGGAGCACCUUCAUUUUGUCUGUGUGUAUACGGUACCAACAACAAAUUUACUGCUGAACAUGUCCAGAAAAGAUGGAAUCAUAUUCAAAGAACAGCAGAAAAUUAUGAAAUAGAGGUAAUAGGGUUUUCUACAGACGGGGAUACGAGGAUGAUGAAAACAAUGAACAUAAAAAUGGGCCUCGGAAUGCAUGCAACAAAUAACUCCAAUGCUUGGUCCAAUACACUUGUCGGAAGCUCUUAUUUUUAUGCGAAGGAGUUGCAUAACAAUCCCAUUAUGGUGCAAGACGCUGUACAUAGGUACAAAGCUUCGAACUCGUUUGUUAAAAACCAAUAUUUUUUUGCCAUUUGGAAAACAUGUUAUUACAAUUGACCAUCUACAAACAUUAAUAGAAAACGUGCCAAAGGAUCAACAUUGUCUAUUUCAAUAUCAUUUAAAUGGACAGGAUAAGAUGAAUUUCGAGAGUGUUGAAAAAUUACCCACCCGAGGAUAAAUUUGCUAUUAAAAAGAAAUGUGCCUGAUAGUGGCGCCACCGCCCUAUUUCUUCUAGUCAUGAAAAAAAUUCUUGACGCCCAUUUGGAUAAAAGUAUCAGUAUUGAUCAAAGAUUGUAUAACCUAUGGUACGCCACCUUUUACUUUCGAAUAUGGCGAUAUUGGUUAAAAAUGAAUAAAUAUUCUAUUACCGAAAACUUUGUAACACUAAACGCAUACACAUGUGUUGAACUUAAUGCACACGGGUUUAUUCAAUUUGUAAAAAGAGCUCGAAAUGAUGCAGGAAACAAAACAUCCGAAACAAUAUUUCUUCCAUGGCUUGCAAGCAGUCAGCCAUCUGAAAAAAUGUUUAGAUCUUUAAGGUCAAUGACGAGUACUUUUUCUACUAUUGUAAACUUUAACAUACUAGAAGUAAUGGGGCGAAUACAUAGACUACAGUUGUUAAACAACAUUACUAAAGAAUUAGAGCCAACAUAUAAGUUUCCUCGCGAAGCUCAUAAAAAAAUGGGUCAUGAUGAAAUCAUAUCCCUAAAAUUCCCUUCUGAUCAAGAGAUAGAACAAACAGUUAUGCAAGCAAAAGAAGAUGUCGUCAGGGAUGUUCGUGAAUUCGAUAUAAAGUUUGUGAACGAUGCCUGGAUGCAACCUAUUUUAAGGGUCUCGGUGAAUCAGGAUGAAUUGAUGGAUGAAAAUGAAAUUCAUGAAGAUAUACAUGAAAACAGCACUAACGCCGAAAGGGAAAUGGAAGAUGAAGACCUUGUACAGGAAGAUAAAAAUUUGUUAAAGGAUAUUGAUAUGGUACAUUUAAAGAGUCAUUUGUUGGAAAAAACAGGAAAAUCAACUUUACGAGUAAAAUUGCAUUCUGGCAGAGAAGUUGUAGUUAAAAAAUCGUCAAUACUUUGGCUACUUACUGGAGAUAAAAAUAAAUUAAGUUCUGACAGAACCCUCAGAGUCAGAAGUUUAGACGAUAAACAUCGAGUAGAUACACAUGUAACAACUAAACGUGCAGAACAGCUAAACCUCGAGCUAAACCUUUUUUCAGAACGCUAUUACGCUGUAUACUACGACGAAGAUUGGUUUCUGGGCAAAGUCACUAAUAUAAGCCAAGAGUGUGACCGAGAGUGUGACGAACAAAUUGUAAGCAUGAAGUUUUUAAGAAAGUCACUGGACACCUUUGUAUGGCCCAAAAAAGAUGACACGGAUAAUAUUUCUUCAAAAUUUAUUCUGUGUGGUCCAGUAAACUUAAUUGGAAGUCAUCCAUUCAAAAUUGCAAAAGAAGAUAGAAACAAAAUUGUAAAACUGUAUAAAAAUUUUAAAAGACAUUAAUUACGUACUAAAAUUACAAAAUAUUAUGUUAUAAUGGAUGACAAUUAUCCAAUAUCUAUUAGUUGUACUCGAAAUGUGACGCAUUUAAUAUUACUUCAGUUAUAUUUUUGUUAAA